UUAUCGGCGAAAAUUUAAUAUAACACCUCUUAUAUGAUUCGUUGUUUCUUAUCAAACACUCCUCCUCAGUACUAGCGGCUCGAAAUCAACGCUUUCUCGAACCUAUAAAGCGAUCGAACUUUGGGAUUUGUUAACCAAAAGGAGGGAUUAUAAAGGCAAGGUAGAUUGUCGAGUGAGGAAAUUAACUGAACAAAAAACUCAGAGGAAAUCGCAACUAAAAUAAUUUAAAACAUCCCUGAUGAAUUUAGUGGUGUUAAUAAUCGUGUUUUCGAUUGGAAACAUUCGCGAAACUUUUGCAAGAAGUGUCGUGGUGUCCAGUGCUAUAGGAGUUCAAGAUUCCGAAGCUGCAGACGCCAGAAUAAGCCAAAACGACCAGAAGCAGAUUAGUGGAAAUUAUAUUUCCUAUUUGGAUAAUCAGGCUGCACUAUUAGUUGAUCAAAUUCAACAAUACAAGAACAAGGAACUGAGCAAAGAGGUCCAAAGCAGAAUUGAGGAAUUUAUCAUGUUGAAGCAACAAUCUAACAACCAGAGGCAAAAAAGACGACCACGUCUCACACCUUGUUUGUUCAAGAUAUGCAACAUGGGAAGAAAACGUCAACAUCACGUUUUAUGUACGUACAAAAGCGACUAAUGAUACAAAAGGAGCAACAAUGUCCUAAACGGCUUGAUGGGAUGUGUGUUAAGCUAAAAAUUGUAUUUUCUGUUUAAUGACGAUAACAGAUAUUUUUUUAUGUCACCACAGCUGAAAAGAAAUCCAGAGCAAGACUUAUAGGUUUCAUUACUUGGAAGCAAUAGUUUAAAAUAUUUGAAAGAAGAUGUUUUUUUUCCUUUUUUCCGUUGUAACAGGGUAUUUUCUUUCAGAUUAUUUUCAUAUUACAUUUUUAUCUGUAACCAGUACCUGCUGUAUUCUUAUAAAUCGAAAAUACACUCAAAUGAUGUAAAUAUUAGUCGUUAAUAUAUCACAGUAUCCCAUUAGAGAAUUUACAAUGUUUGUUAUGUAAGUGUAAUUUUCGCGAUCUGCAACUUAUUCUAUUUUCAACAAUAUUAUUUUAGUAUUAUUACAGUAUGCUAUUUAUUUUUAUAUUUUUAUAAAACUGUAAAUACACUUUAAAUCAACCAUCAGUAGGAUAUAGUUUAAGCUGCUACUUACGUGCAUUUGAUAUAGCGGCCCUUUCUCGCUAGUUAGUUUACUAUAUCAACCUCGUUGAAUAUUUUUUAUUUUUUUAUAAAUAAAGUCGACAUAGGCAAAUAUCAAGUA